AUCUAUCGUUUUUGUAUCCCAAGGAGCCGAAACGAUGAAAUUUGCUGUUUCGGCUCGAGCUGUCGCGGGGCCGACAGCCUAUCGGUUUGCGAAAGUCGGUUUUCUGUUCUUUUUUGUUUUUGCUGUAACAAACAAAGCUAGUGCUGCGACAGAACCAACAACACCAACUCCCUCGGUUGCUUCCUCCACCACCACCGUCUUGGAUAAAACCAUUCCUAAUGUUUUCGAUACCGACGACGAGCACCAGCAACCCGCAGAUCCUACCAGCGGCAGCGGCAGCGGCAUCGACCAGUUGAUACACGAGUCUCUCGACGAGAUUCUCGCGGCGAUGAAGGAAUUCCAUUCGAGGGGAACACCGGGGCGGCCCUUUGUGACCCUCACCUACGCCCAGAGCAUCGACGGGAAAAUCGCGCUCUUGCUGGAUCGAGCCGCAAGGGGUGCCUCCCCCCGCGCCGCCGCCACGUCGUCGAACUUUGCCAUCAGCGGCCACGRGUCCCUCCGCCUGACCCACGCGCUGCGGUCCGUCCACGACGCCAUAGUGGUGGGGGGGAACACCCUGGCCGUCGACAACCCGCGCCUGGGCAACCGGCUGUGGAAGACCACCGGUGCUUCCGAUUCUUGGAGCGACCGUUGCGGCAGCGGGCACCAGCCCCGCCCCGUGGUGCUGGACACGCACCUCCGCUCCGUGAGAGCGCUGGGAGCGGCGAUGCGGGCMRAGCGGCCGAUCGUCUGCUGCAGCAAGGGCGCGUACGACCGGGCCGUUCGGGAAGGCUUUCGGUGCGACGCCGGCUUGGGAGAAAGAAGCACACGCGGCGGCGGGGGCGGCGGUCCCGGGGACGAACGGGUGGCCGGGAAGACCGGCRGCCCCGUUCCGUCGUCGGUGACUCUUCUUCCCUGCAAAACGAGAGCAAUCGGUGGACGAGGAGAAGACCCAAGAAUAGUUCUUGAUUUGCCGGACGUCCUGUCGGCCCUGUACCACCGGUWUGGAAUCCACAGCGUCAUGGUCGAGGGAGGGGCGUCCGUCAUCACCCAGUUCGUGACCGGCACGCGGGACAAGGAAKGCGGAGAGAACCACCCCAGCGAGGAAGACCGUUUCGGGCUCGUGGAUCUCUUGUGCGUUACCAUCUCUCCCAAGCUGCUGGGGUCGAGCGGGUUGGACUCGAUCCUGUCGCCCCAGCCCGCCACUCYUCCGCGGCGAGGGCCCGGCCCCCUGCGGUGCAUCACCCUCGGCGAGGAUUGCGUCCUUUUUUCCAGUUGCCGGUGAUGGGGAUUGCCGCGGAGAAAGAAAAGACGCAACGCAAU